AUGAAAGGAUUAAUUUUAGUCGGUGGUUAUGGUACCAGAUUGAGACCAUUAACUUUAACUUUACCAAAACCUUUAGUUGAAUUUGCUAACAGACCAAUGAUUUUACAUCAAAUCGAAGCUUUAGCUAAAGCUGGUGUUACUGAUAUUGUUUUAGCUGUUAACUAUAGACCAGAAGUUAUGGUUUCUACUUUAAAAAAAUACGAAAAAGAAUAUGGUGUUUCUAUUACUUUCUCAGUUGAAGAAGAACCUUUAGGAACUGCUGGUCCAUUAAAAUUAGCUGAAGAAGUUUUGAAAAAAGAUGAUUCCCCAUUCUUUGUUUUAAAUUCUGAUGUUAUUUGUGAUUACCCAUUCGAAGAUUUAGUUAACUUCCACAAAGCUCACGGUGGUGAAGGUACUAUUGUUGCUACUAAAGUUGAUGAACCAUCAAAAUAUGGUGUUAUUGUUCAUGACAGAGAUACUCCAAAUUUAAUCGACAGAUUCGUUGAAAAACCUGUUGAAUUCGUUGGUAACAGAAUUAAUGCUGGUUUAUAUAUCUUAAACCCUUCAGUUAUCGAUUUAAUUGAAAUGAAACCAACUUCAAUUGAAAAGGAAACUUUCCCAAUCUUAGUUGAAAACAAACAAUUAUAUUCUUUCGAUUUAGAAGGUUACUGGAUGGAUGUUGGUCAACCAAAAGAUUUCUUAUCAGGUACUUGUUUAUACUUAAACUCAUUAACCAAAAAAUCCCCAGAAAAAUUAUGUAGUGAACCUUUCGUUCAUGGUGGUAAUGUCUUAAUUGACCCAACCGCUACUAUCCACCCAUCUGCUUUAAUUGGUCCAAAUGUUACUAUUGGUCCAAAUGUUAAAGUUGGUGAAGGUGCUAGAAUCCAAAGAUCUGUUUUAUUAGCUAAUUCUGAAGUUAAAGAUCACGCUUGGGUUAAAUCAACUAUUGUUGGUUGGAAUUCAAGAAUUGGUAAAUGGGCCAGAACUGAAGGUGUUACUGUUUUAGGUGAUGACGUUGAAGUUAAAAAUGAAAUUUAUGUUAAUGGUGCUAAAGUUUUACCACAUAAAUCUAUUUCUUCAAAUGUUGAAAAGGAAGCUAUUAUUAUGUAG